AUGACCCCGUCUCCCUCCAAUUUCCCUCCGAGUCUGCCACCUGUUCCAACCAUGGACCCCUUCACACAACUCCCCCCUGAGCUCCUUGCACGGAUUCUCGUCUAUACCGCGGAUUUCUCGGCGGUUGAGAGCAUCAUUACCGCAUCGCCACAAUGCGGUCUUUCGGGCUCAGCCUACCAUUCCGCUCGAACACAACGGCUAGCCUGCGUUUGCCUCACUCUGAUUCAGCAAAACUUUGUCUCAGCUCUCAAUGGAAUCGAUGCUGGUGACAUACCAGCCUCUCAUCGCGUAAACACCGCUCGCGAGUCCUUUUCGUUCACGGAGGUAUACCGCGUAUACUCCUCCAUGUGGCAUCUCCGGCACCAUUCCUCCCUCCGCGAAGCAGCAAGAUGUUGGAACUGGGACGAAACAUCGAUGCGGGGCUUGGAUGCCUACAACGAGUGGAAUGACACAGAUGUCCGGAGAGCCGAGAAAAUGUGGACCACGGCCGCCUUGCUUUCCGAUCUCGCUCAGGACCCAGAGGGUAAAGAGUCCUCGCGGGCAGCCUGGACCUUCCCAGAUGAGACGCCGCUACCACUCCUCCAGUCAUUCGAUCUGCCUCCAGGGCGGGAUAUGACCCGGCCGCCGUUAAUAUGGAGUCCACCAUCUCCUCCGCCGGACACCGAAGCAACAGAAGCCUGGUCUCUGAGGGCAGCGUCCCGUCCAUGGUUACCGCAACAUGACGGGGCUUUUGAACAUUCAAGCGUAGUUGCCAGUCACCAGCGCGAACCAUUCUCUUACAGCUUUGUGAACUUCAAGCAAUGGUGA